GGAAAAUGGAAAUUACUUAUUUAUCCCAACCUGCUCUCAUUCUUUUCUUGAAAGAUAAGUUGAGAACUGCUUAAUUCGAUUAAGGCUCCCCCUUCCUUCAACCUUGUGGUCUCGCCUCGCCAAGUUGUGUGAAGAACUUUAGUAGGCUCUCUUCCAAGUCCUUCGAUCUGCCCUAAUUUCAAUACCCAAUCUCUCCGGUUUCUAGCGGUAAUGUCGACCGAAGUCGAUGAAGCGGGAAGGCGCCGCACGGCGGUCGCCGAGUACCGGAAGAAGCUCCUCCAGCACAAGGAACUCGAGUCUAGAGUGCGCGCAGUGAGAGAGAGUCUGCGAGGUUCAAAAAAGGAAUUUGCCAAAACUGAGGAUGACCUGAAGUCACUGCAGAGUGUUGGCCAGAUCAUCGGCGAAGUGCUUAGGCCACUUGACAAUGAACGCAUGAUAGUCAAAGCAAGCAGUGGACCAAGGUACGUGGUUGGCUGCAGGAAUAAAGUUGACAAAGAAAAACUUACUGCGGGGACUCGUGUAGUUCUCGAUAUGACUACUCUGACAAUCAUGAGGGCUCUUCCUCGUGAAGUUGAUCCAGUCGUAUAUAACAUGCUCCAUGAAGACCCAGGUAAUGUUAGCUACUCGGCUGUUGGAGGGUUGGGAGAUCAGAUACGAGAGCUCAGGGAAUCUAUAGAACUUCCCCUCAUGAAUCCUGAACUCUUCUUGAGAGUUGGUAUCAAGCCUCCAAAGGGUGUUCUUCUUUAUGGACCUCCUGGAACUGGAAAGACAUUGUUGGCCAGGGCAAUUGCUAGCAACAUCGAUGCCAACUUCUUGAAGGUUAUAUUUUGGAAGUGUGUUAAUCUUCUUGUGAUUAAACUAUACAUUGGGGAAAGUGCAAGGCUGAUUCGAGAGAUGUUUGGUUAUGCUCGUGAUCAUCAACCAUGCAUCAUAUUUAUGGAUGAGAUCGAUGCCAUUGGUGGACGUCGUUUCAGUGAGGGAACAAGUGCUGACCGUGAAAUUCAAAGAACCCUUAUGGAGUUGCUUAAUCAGUUAGACGGGUUCGACCAGCUGGGGAAGGUUAAAAUGAUCAUGGCCACCAACAGGCCAGAUGUUUUGGACCCUGCUCUUCUUCGUCCAGGCCGUCUAGACAGGAAGAUUGAGAUUCCAUUGCCCAAUGAGCAGUCAAGGAUGGAGAUUCUGAAAAUCCAUGCUGCUGGCAUUGCCAAGCAUGGUGAAAUCGACUAUGAAGCCGUCGUGAAACUAGCUGAGGGUUUCAAUGGUGCUGAUCUUCGUAACGUAUGUACUGAAGCUGGGAUGUCUGCAAUCCGUGCAGAACGUGAUUAUGUCAUCCAUGAAGAUUUCAUGAAGGCUGUGAGGAAGUUGAAUGAAGCCAAGAAACUUGAAUCAAGUUCUCACUACAAUGCUGAUUUUGGAAAGGACUAAUCAAAUUCAAAGAACAGCCUGCUGGUUUCCUAGUUUCCUUUUUCUUCUCUGUAUUCAAUUGUGUUAAAGCUGCGGGGAAGAAGACAGCCAAAUCUUCUUGCCGCUGGUGUACUAUCAGCUGUUUGUUGAUUGAAUCAUUUACGUUCUAAAGAUCAGCCAAAUCCUCUGCAACUUCACAGCUCUUUUUCUGGAUGUGCGACUUUGAUAUCACACUGGAUGGUUGUGGGUCUAAACGGCUGAGUUAGAGAUUGUUAGAAUGUAAGGUUUUGUUUCACGUUAUUAUCCGAUGUCGUUUUAGGAUUUUGUGGUGUGAUUUUCUGGAUAUCUGGAAGCCAAAAAUCUCUGAUCCAGUAUCAACCAAUAAACCACUGCCAACUCACCGUCCCAACAUCUUUCCCGCCACCAUUUCCAUCCUCACAUUAAGAUCCAUCAUCUCCACCCAACAUCCAUCAUCUCAUCACCAAUCUACUACUCUCCUUCCAUCUCCAAUUUUCCCUGAAACCAAACAGAGACCCUCUCCCCAACCAGUCAACCAAUCAAACAACAAUGGCGGCAAGUUCAGCAGCUCUGUUCCUGACCCCAACCAUCCAAACCUCACACCAGAGCCUCUCCCCUUCCACCAUCUCCUUCCAGGGCCUCCGCCCUCUCCGUUUACCUUCCUCCACCGCCGGAACAACCUCCUUCCCCAGCCUCACCACCUCGCGGCGGAGCAUGACCGUGAACGCAGAGCUGAACCCGUCUCUGGUGAUCAGCCUGAGCACGGGGCUGUCUCUGUUUUUGGGCAGGUUCGUGUUCUUCAACUUCCAGAGGGAGAACGUGGCCAAACAGGGGCUGCCGGUGCAGAACGGGCAAACCCACUUCGAGGCCGGAGAUGUUCGUGCUAAGGAGUACGUUAGCCUCCUGAAAUCGAACGAUCCGGUCGGGUUCAACAUCGUGGAUGUUCUUGCUUGGGGCUCCAUCGGCCAUAUUGUGGCUUACUACAUCUUGGCCACCACUAGCAAUGGCUAUGACCCUAAGUUCUUUUGAAGAGAAUUUUGUGUUUGUAUGUGCUAAGUGUAAUUAAUUACUAUAUAUGUUUCAAUUUGACUUGCUGUGAUUCUCUUGGUUCCCACUCUCCACUUCUUGACCUUCUUAUUUGGUGGUGUUGUUUAUGUGAAAGAAAGGUUGUUGCUUUGGCUUGAUGGAUUAGAGAUGAUCAUUUCUAAUAUUCUUCCCACAAAUGGAGAUUAUUAGAAUGAAACGUUUUCCGACAUCGUAUUAGAGCUUUGAUAAUUUUGGCAUUGCCAAUUCAAUGUUAUCGGAAUAAUAUGAUUUUGACAUAGUUUCUGACAUUAUAUUGAAAAAUGACUCGCCAAUUAGAAGAU